AUGAACCGUGUGACCAAGAUCGCUUCUCACGUGAGCGCGUCCUUGUCGGAACAGGAUCCCAGCCUUGUCUCACAGGCCACUGCUGGCACCGCCUGCAUCUGUGCCCCAGAGAAGUCCGAUGACGACGUGGUAAUUUGCUGUGCCGUCCGGACACCGCUCACCAAGGCAAAGCGGGGAUCCUUCGCCAACACCUCCCCAGAGGAGCUCCUGUCCUGGGUUUUCAGGGAAGUCGUGAACAGGACGAAAGUGAACCCGAAAGACAUUGGUGACAUCCAGGUCGGUAACGUACUUCAGCCAGGCGCUAGUGGACUGACCUCCCGGAUGGGCCAGUUCAUGGCCGAGCUGCCCUACGAUAUCCCCUUGAGCACCGUCAACCGCCAGUGCAGCAGUAGUCUCCAGGCCACCGCAAACAUUGCGGCAUUCAUCAAGGCAGGUGUGAUUGAUGUUGGACUUGCCGGGGGAGUGGAGAACAUGAGCAUGUUCCCCAUGAUGGCCACCAUCGACAUCACAAAGCUGUCCGCAAAGAUCAUGGACUACGAGAAUGCCGAGGCCUGCUUGCUGCCCAUGGGUUUGACAUCUGAGAACGUGGCGGCCGCCUAUGGCAUCACGAGGGAACGCCAGGAUCAAAUGGCGGAAGACUCCCACAAGAAGGCGCUGGCUGCUCAGAAGAACGGCUGGUUCAAGGAGGAGAUCGUCCCCGUGACCAUCGAAGUGAAGAACAAGGAUGGCAGCGUGACGAAGAAGACGAUCACGGAGGACGAAGGCCCUCGUGGCGGCACCACGAGGGAGAGCCUGUCCAAACUGAAGCCUGCUUUCCGAAAGGGUGGCAGCACCACUGCAGGCAACUCUAGCCAGGUGACGGACGGUGCUUCCAUGGUUCUGCUGGCACGCCGAUCAGCUGCCAAGAAGAUGGGCUUGCCCAUCAUUGCGCGAUUCCGCAGCUUCGCCUGUGUCGGCGUUGACCCGAAGCUGAUGGGUAUCGGCCCUGCCUUCGCCAUCCCAGUCGCUCUCGAGAAGGCUGGCCUGACUGUCGACGACAUCGACAUCUACGAGAUCAACGAGGCCUUUGCAUCCCAGGCAACCAUGUCGGUCGACCACCUGAAGAUCCCCAUGGAGAAGCUGAACCCAAAGGGAGGCGCCAUCGCGCUUGGCCACCCGCUGGGUGCCACGGGUGCCAGGCAGAUUGCAACCCUGCUGCCCGAGUUGAAGCGCACGGGCAAGAAGUUGGGCGUCACUUCUAUGUGCUUGGGAAGCGGCAUGGGCGCGGCAUCAGUGAUCGAGGUCUUCCGCGACCUGCAGCGGCAGCUACACCCGGACAAGAACCUGCACGACCAAGAGGCAGCCAAAUUGGCCUUUCAGAAGCUCAUGGAAAGCCGUCCUCUGUCUGAUUUGGCCACGUAA